UGUCACCCCUCUGGUCACGGGUGUGUGGGUUGAGCCUUGAAUAGUUUUGAGAUUCAUGGCCGGCAAGUCAGAUGCUCAGCCUCUGAUAGGUUAAGCCUCUGUGGCCUUAGCUCCUGUUGCUGCAUUCCUUCUCUAGGCGGUGUAGUUAUUCCUUUAAGACAUGUGCUCACUCUGUUUUUCUUUUUGGUUAGCUGAAGUUGCUUUAAGGCCAAGUGACAUAGGUGUAGCAUCUCUGUGUCAACAGCUGAUUUCGGCUGGAGCCCAUAGGCAGAGCAAGCAGUCUCUGAAAGCAGCACUGACCUGGCUGGCCAUGCAGGUGAUGUCCAGCUGAGCUGGAACUGUCCUCUGACCCUUUUUGCUAGGGUCUGUCUCUUCGAUCAGAUUUUGACAACAGCUGGCGGCAAGCUUUGGCAGCUCCCCAGGCAGACUUGAAAACCCACUUCUGUGCUUGUCUCUUCUCUUGGCAGUGAAGCUACCCCUAGUUGGCUUUAGGAUUCCUCUGGAUUUUAAAGUCAUUCUUCAAAAAAAAUAAAUAAAAACAAACCUUGGACGGAUAAAAGAUGUGCCAUGGCAGGAUAGCACCAAAGAGCAGCUCAGUGUUUGUUGUGACCUCCGUGGGACAUGGAGUAUUCCUUCAGCUGGUGAUCCUUAGCACCCUGCUGGGAGAUGGAUUCGCCUUUGGAGAUGGAUUAGCCUCAGUGUGUCCUCUGCCCCCAGAGCCAGAGAAUGGUGGCUACAUUUGCCAUCCCCGGCCCUGCAAAGACCCCUUGACAGCAGGCAGUGUCAUCGAGUACCUGUGUGCAGAAGGCUACAUGUUGAAAGGCGACUACAAAUACCUGACCUGCAAGAAUGGCGAGUGGAAGCCAGCCAUGGAGGUUAGCUGUCAUCUCAACGAAGACAAAGAACCCCACGCGUCACUCGGGGUCCCUGCACUGUCCAUAGUGGCUUCUACUGCCAGCUGUGUGGCACUCAUUCUUCUCCUUGUGGUGCUGUUCGUCCUGCUGCAGCCAAAGCUGAAGUCUUUCCAUCAUAACAGGCGUGACCAGGGGGUUUCUGGGGACCAAGUUUCCAUCAUGGUGGAUGGGGUCCAGGUUGCACUACCUUCAUAUGAGGAAGCUGUGUAUGGCAGUUCUGGUCACUGCAUGCCACCGGCUGACCCUAGAGUACAGAUCGUUCUAUCCGAAGGGUCUGCACCUAGUGGAAGGAACAUGCCAAGGGAGCAGCAGCUACAGAGCCAGGGAGCUUGCUCCUCUGCAGGUGGAGAAGAUGAAGCCCCAGGCCAUUCUGGGCUGUGUGAAGCCUGGGGUUCUCAGGGCUCCGAGACUGUGAUGGUGCACCAGGCAACCACGUCUUCCUGGGUGGCCGGCUCAGGGAGCAGCCGGCUGACACACAAAGACACUGCAGAUUCAGAGAACAGUGACAUACAAAGCCUUUUAUCCCUCACGUCAGAGGAGUACACAGAUGACAUCCCACUGUUGAAAGAAGCAUGAGAACUGCCACUGGCCUCUCCUCUCUCUCUGCC